GUCAGUAGUAAGCAAGUCACGAAGAGUGUGUAUAGCCUAUCUCUAUAGCUAUACUGCUACGAUGCAGCUUUGCAAAAGUACACGUAUACUGAUGUUGAUGAGCCUGGUGGUGGCACCGACGCUGGGUUGCCAUCCUGAUCAAGAAGGGGGUGUGUCUGCUAACAUUGCCUGCAGCCAGAGCUCCAUGCAAGUCACCUGGGACAUACCAAAGCUCCUUGAAUCCUCCCCCCAGCAGACAACGCAGGGGGUAGAAUGUGUGAACAUGUUGCAGUUCAACUGUACCUACAAUGGAACAGUGGUUGCUGAUGGAGUGUUGACAAAGGAUUGGUGCAUCCAGUUUAGGUCAAACCCUCCACUCAAUCCGAUGCAAACCUUCACUGAAAAUGUCUCCCUGCCUGCUGGUGCAGUAUGCAAGUUGUCAGGAUGCUAUUUGUGGACCACUUACCAAUAUGGUGAUGUAUUUAUGGACCGAACAGAUUAUGCACUAUCGGAGAAAUCAUGCACCGUUGCCAACUCAGCAGAUGUUUCAAAGACUGUGAUGCCAACUGCGACCAUACGUCCAUUAACUACUGUCCAUCCACUACUAUCUCCUACUCUAAUGGCGCCUCUGACUAGCAUCACCUCACAAACUGAUCUCACAGUCACACCUACUUCCGUAAGGAGAGGACCAACUACAAUGCUUGUAUCAGCACCUUCACCAGCACUGCACACACCCACUGAUAUUAGUGCUCCUCAGUUUGUCUCGUUGUUCUUUGUUUCUCUGUUUUCUUUGCUUCUACUGCUGUCCUCAAUCUUUAUUGUCGUCAUGGUGAGAGUAAAUUUGAGGGCCAACCGAAGGCUGCAACAAACUAAUCGGAAAUACUUUGAUGGUCUGAAAGAUUUUGAUAGUUUCAAUCCAGUCAGCUCAUCCGCAAUUAUCAGUGCAGUAUCAGUUCCAUCUCUUAUCGACACUUUUGGCGAUGGUGCUGGAAACAGUUGCCCAAACUAUGAAGUACAAAAUGGCUACUCUAAUCUGGCAAAGGAAGAAGAACAUGCUGGGAGUCCAGAUAGUGACAUUAGCUCAGUCCCUUAUGAAGUGAUGAAUUCUGUAAGCCAACAACAACUGGCCAUUCCACCCAUGCACCUUCAGAGUACGAUGAAUGCAUCAGAUGACACCUCAAUAUCGUUUGAUUUGCUGAGUCUACAGUCAUUGGAUCAUCAUACUGUGUCACUAAGCGAGGUACAAGUCAUUGAAAGAACUGAGGACUACAUCUGUCAUAACCUGUCUAUCAUGUAGAUUAUCUUUUUCCCUCUAUAAUUAUCAUAGUUGUUCACCUAUUUUCUUUUUCAUCCACGUACCUAUUGUCAAUAAAUAAUGCUACUAUAAUUGUAUCACUACGCACUAUGAUGUGUGGGAGUCAG